AUGGCGGAGCUGACUGCAAGGGAGCGCCGGCUGGUGCACAUGACCUCCAACAUCUUCGAUGAAAACGGCUCUGACAAGUCGGUGUAUUCGGCCAGCAGGCAGAAGGAGCUUCUCGAGAACCUGCGGCAGAGCUACGUGCAGAAGAACGGCGUGCCAGAGGCCAUGAACUUGCCCAGGCCGCAGGAAAUGAAGUAUGCCCUGAUGACGGGCAACCAUGCCGUGCUGCCAGCAAGCAGUGCGGCGAACGGGCCCGGGACAAAGCGGGACGCGCAGUUCAUGCCCAAGGAGUUCUGGUCGACCUCCGUGGAUUUGAAGUGGCACGAUGUGCGGAACGAGCGCUGCCGCCACAAGAGCCACGCAGCGGAGCGUGCCAAUUUGGAUGCCAAGGACAAAAAGACAAGGGAGAUGUCCUCGGAGCUGUUCCAAAAGGAGCGGCUGGUGAAUCGAACAAUGGGCAAAUCAGACCUCGUGGCUGACGGGACCGAUUACCUGGCCAUCGAUUCGUCUCUCCAUGAGCAGCACGGGACAGUCCCCGGCGGUGCCACGGGGAGGCGCUCCUCUGCCAGCCAAAGGCUCCAAGCCAAUCUGGCUGCUUCAGGGUACAACACCAUGCCGCAGCCCGAGGUGGCUCCAGAGGCACCGGGGGGCUAUGCACAGGAACAUCCUCCAAGGAGAAGUGGCAAGGAAAUGCGCAACUACUCCGACCUGUUCGGUUCCGAAAUGGGCCGGCGUCAAGCACCGACGCAGCAGCGCCAGGAUAUCAUUGGCACAUCGACAUGCACUUUCUUGGAUCAUCGCGGUGAAAUUGAGGCAGCACGCCGGGAGGAAGGAAGGCUGGCAGGUGCCACCACCCCUGCAAACAGGAAGGAGGCGGAGAUGUCGUCGACGCUUCAUGGACACAAGACUCCCAGAGGCCAAAAGGCUGCUGAACUGGAGCAGGCACUCGCCGUGGAGCGGGGCGUUUGGGACAGCAAAGAAGGCAUGGCCAUCAAUGCAGAGGUCUCACGUCGCCAUCGCGAGAAAGAGUUCAACAAGGACUUCGAGGGUGAUGUCUUCCAUUUGUCUCGCAAGCAAGACUGCUUGGACUCUUCUCAGGUGAGGGAGAACAUUGGCCAGCCAGCACCCCUCGAGGUGCCCGUGUCUCCCAGAAGUGGGGCUGGCCUCAUGUCGCCUUACUCGCCUACGAGACAAGGGGGCCCGAGCGCUGCACAAAGAGAGAAGAUGCUGCAGUUUGCGAAAGACACAAAGCUUGCCUCACUGCAGUCAAGCAUUUUUUCUUGA